CAAAUGCCAAUGGCAAUGUUCAUAUGUGUCAUGUGAAUGAAACAGUACCACGAGGUUCUGUUUUGAAUAUAUAAAAUAAAAUUAUUUGUAAUUUGCAGUUAGAUAUCUGGUAGUAAUUCAUUAGUUUAGUCAUUAUCAAGAAUUAUGCCGUCUGUCAAGAAAACAAAAAUUAAAAAACCUAAAAUGCCGCAUCAAAAGCCAGGAAAAGAAGAAGAACCACAAAACAACUCAGAUUCAGAAGAUGAAAUGAAUACUGAAAGUCAUAAAAAAUCUCUAGAAAAGUUGAAAAAGAUUGAUCCAGACUUUUACAAUUUCCUCGAAGAAAAUGACGAGAAUCUGUUGAACUUUGAGGCGGAUUCUGAGGAUGAUAUUUCAGAGAAGGGCGACGAAGAUGGAGACCAGCUACACGUGCCCGGCCCUAUUACAGGCGACAGUGACGAGAGUGAUUUUGAAGAUGAAAAUGCUAAGCCUGUGCAAGGCAGGGUCACACUCAAGAUGGUAGUACAGUGGCAAACCGACUUGCAGAGCGAAGGGAAAAUUAAGCUAGCAACAAUAACCACUGUUAUAAAGGCUUUCAAUGCAGCUAUGUUGCGAGCCACCAGUGAAGAUGGCACAUCCACAGGGGAAUAUAAAGUUGAAGGUUCAUCAAUUUUUAACUCUGUAAUACAAAUGUGUGUAUUAUAUUUACCUGCUGCAAUUAAAAAGUACUUGGGCAUGGAGCAGUCUGGGAAGGACCCACAGAAAUGUAAACACUAUGUUAAGAUCAAGGGACCUCUGCUAGCAUAUCUUAAGGACUUGUUAAAACUACUCAGCAGUGUAACAUCUGACAAUAUUUUAACUGUGCUCCUCAAACAUCUGCAUCAAAUGUCUGUAUAUGUUGCUUGCUUUACAAGCAUAUCAAAGCAAGCAUUAAAGAAAUUGAUAUCUUUGUGGAGUAACAGUGAAGAAACCGUAAGGGUUCUUGCAUUUCUAUGCAUUUUAAGAAUAACACGGAAUCAGCAAACAGCACUUUUAGAUUUGGUGCUAAAAGCAAUGUAUUUGACAUACGUGAAGAAUUGUAAAUUUGUCAGCCCUUCAACUUGGCCAGGAAUAAAUUUCAUGAGACGGUCGUUAGUGGAAAUGUUCACAUUGGAUUUAAACAUAUCAUACCAGCAUGUUUUUCUGUACAUAAGGCAAUUGGCUAUACAUUUGCGUAACGCGAUUGUUGUGCAAAAAAUUGAAAAUAGACAAGCAGUUUAUAAUUGGCAAUUCAUAAAUUCUCUACAUUUGUGGGCUGAAUUGAUAUCGGCUACGUCUAAUAAACCUCAGUUGCAGCCCUUACUUUACCCUCUGGUAAUGGUAAUAACAAAUACCAUUAAGCUGGUGCCCACGCAUCAAUAUUAUCCACUGAGGUUUCAAUGUGUUGAGAUUCUUGUAAACCUAUCUAAGGAGACCAAUACAUUUAUUCCAGUCUUGCCGUUUCUUGUAGAGGUCCUAACGUCGUAUGAUUUCAACAAAAAGCAUAAGAAAGUUUCAAUGAAACCAUUAGACUUCUCGUGUGUGCUGAGGUUAGCUAAGUCUCAGCUAAUGGAGAAUGGGUUCAAAGAUUCAGUCAUUGAGAGAGUUUAUGGUCUACUUCUAGAAUAUACCACCAAUGAAUCCCAUUCUAUCGCGUUCCCAGAUAUAACCUUAUUGGCUGUAAUUCAGAUGAAGCAAUUCCUCAAAUCAUGCUCAGUAUCGAAUUACACAAAAAAAAUGCGGCAGCUUUUAGAGAAGAUAGAGGAAAACUCAAAGUUCAUUGAGAAGGAGAGAGCUAAAAUCAGUUUUGGUCUCAGCGAAGAUAAGAUGAUAGCGGCAUGGGAAGCGAGCCUUAGGGUCAAAGGCACACCCUUGCUUACGUUCUUUGAGAACUGGAACAAGGUUAACAAGAUACAGAAACGGAAGAAGAUAACUAAGAACGAUGAAAUAGCUGGUGAGUUGCCAAUGAUCAAGAGAGCGAAAAUAGCAGACUCUGAAGAAAAAAUAAAGAAACCAGAAAACAAAGGUCCCUUAGUUUUAUUCCCUUCGGAUAGUGAAGAUGAAGGGGAUCACUUUAAAUUAGGAGAAGGCACUGAGGAUCCAGCACCAAAAAAAGUUAAAAAGAAGAUCAAUAAAAAGAAAGUACAGAAAAAGGUACUGAUGCCUGAAAUAGACAGUAUACCGGACAAAGGAGAUGUUGUACAGGAUUUCAGUGCUAGUGACUGGUGACUAAGGAGAAUUGAUUAAUAAAGAAAAUAUAAUUAAA